CCCGCGGGGGGAGGGGUCGGCGGGGGGGGUGGUGCCCCCCCCGCCAUGGCGGCGCUCGCGGGGCCCAAGGCCCUGGGGAGGACCCCCGGGAGCGCGAAGCUCAAGGGGAGCAACGGGAAGCGCGAGAGGAGCCCCUCGUACGACGGCCUCGCCGGACCCCGCGGUGGGGGCCGUGGGAAGAGAAGGGGGGGGGCCACCCAGCGCCGGGCGGCCUUCACGGCGGCCCCCGAGUGGGGGUCUGGAGGCGAGAGUGAGGACGACCGCCCCCUCCUCUCCUCCCCACCAUGUCCUGGGGCAGGAGUGGGUGGACCCCCUACGGCCACCCUGCUCGGGGUGACCUCUGAUCUCUCGGAGGCCCCCCAGGCUCCCCCCAAGCCCCCCCUCUCUGCCCUGGUGUGCGUCUUCUCAACCCAGCUUCUGAACAAGGCGGCGGAGGCUGUGAACCAGGGCCGUGUAGACUCAAUUCUCGCCUUCCACCAGCAGAACGCGUCCAACUGCAAGACGCAGGCUGUGCGGAAGAGCCACCUGCUGCUGCAGCAGCAGCAGCAGCAGCACCAGCCGGCACGACAGUGGCGCUCGCCCAAGCAGCUCGGCGCCUUCUCCCCCGCGCCGCCGCCGCCGCCGCCGCCGCCGGCCUGCACCUCCAACCCCUCCCGCACGCCUCCCUCCCUCCUCCUCGCCGACGGAGACGUCGUGGCCGGCUCCGCUUCCCCUGCCAGCGCCGCCGCCGUCGUCGGCGCGGCCUCCGCCCCAACCGCCGGCGCCGUCGCCGCGUCCGCCGGCGCCGACGGCAAAGCUUCGCCGGACCCGGAUGCGGAAGGAGCGGUCGGGGACGGCGGCGGCGGCGGCGCCGAAACCGUUUCCGCCGCCGCGGCUGCCGGCAAUGGCGACGACGGCCUUUCCGGUUGCGCCGGCCCCGUCUCGUCCGCCGCUUCUCUUCUGCUGCUUCCCUCGGCUUCCCCGGAGCCGGCAACGGUGAAACCGGAAGCGCCGGAACCUGGGGUGGAGGUGCCGGCUGAAGACGCGACAGCAGACCAGCAGCAGCAGCAGCAGCAAGAGGGCGACGGCCAGGGCGGUGGAUGCGCGGCGACGGCCGCGGCGGCGCCGGAACUUGCCGGGAAUCCGUCUGCCGAGGUGAAGGUGGAGCGAUUGAUGGACUCUGAGGGCGGCGUUGCUGGCGGUGCCUCUGCCGGCACCGCCUCCGCUUCCGACGAAGAGCAGCAGCAGCAGCAGAUGCUGGGCGCCGACAUUGCGGGCGACGCCGUCGCGGCGGCGGCCGGCGACAGCGCGGCCGCCGCCGCGGCCGCUGCCGCGGUGGCGGCCGCGGUGAAGCUGGAGGCGCCGUGCGGCGACUCCCUCGGCGGCUCGCCCGGCGUCGGCUCCGCCGCCGGCGCGGCCGAGGUCGCCAUGGCGAUCGACCAGCACCACCAGCAGCAGCAGCAGCAGCAGCAGCAGGACAACCCCGAGGGGCUCUCCCAGGAGCAGCUGGAGCACCGCGAGCGCUCGCUGCAGACGCUGCGCGACAUCCACAAGCUGCUCUUCCCCGACGAGAAGGACGACUUCCUCACCAAGGGCGCCGCCGCCGCGGCCGCCGCGGCCGCCCUCUCCUCGGUGGCGGCCGCCGGGAGGGCCGGCGACAAGAAGCUGGAGGGCCCCCUGCAGGCGAUGAUGUCGCAGGCGCAGAGCGUGGGGCAGCUGGGCGAGCAGGGCCCCUCGGCGUUCCGGGGCGGCGGCGGCGUUGGGCCCGAACAGUCGAUGAUGAUGAUGAUGGGCGUCGGCGGCGUCGGCGCGAUGGGUCCUCAGCACCACGGUGCGGUGAUGAUGCCGGGUUUGUCUUCCUCCCCACAGCACCACCACCAGCAGCAGCAGCAGCAGCAGCAGGAGCAGCAGCAGCAGCAGCUGUUUGCGCUGGAGAGUCACUUGAUGGGCGGCGGGGGCAGCCGCGAGCCCCUGAGCCCCGAGCAGGUGGCGUGGCUCAAGCUGCAGCAGGACUUCUACGAGGAUAAGAGGCGGCGGCAGGAAGGGGUGGGCCACAUGGGGGGAGGCGACCUCGCGCCCCCCGAGGGCGCGGGGCGCCCGCCGCCGCCGCCCUACAUGAAGAACCUUCCCGACGGGAUGAUCCCUGAGCUCGUGGCGCGGUUCUCGGACGGCCCCGGCGGCCCCGGCGGCCCCGGCGGCCCCGGCGGCCCCGGCGGAGGGAUUCCCCCGGGGGGCGUGAUGUUUUCCGAGCAGGCGCCGCCCCCCCAGCCGCCGCAAGGCGCGAUGGGAAGGCACGCCGCGGAUGGGAUGCAGCCCCCGCAGGGAGAGGGCGGGCAGUUCUCGGGCGGGAUCCCUCCGGGGAUGCCCGGCCGGGUGCUCGAGAGGAUUCCGCCCGGGAUGGGCGGCGGUGGCGGAGCCGGAGGGGUGGCGGCGCAGUUUGGCGACGCGAUGAGCCCGGAGAUGGGCGGCGGUGGCGGCGGGCGCUUUCCCAUGGGAAUGGGAAUCCCGGGGCAGAUGGGAG